AUGGAGUUCGCUACCCGUCGACCAGCUCUCCCUCUUCUCAGCCACCAGCGACGCACUUCUGUACCACGACUUUCAAUCAUCAUUAAGGACGCUCGCUUCCCAGACGCAAAGCAUAUCAUCUCUCCCAUUUCCCCAAUAUCUCCACGGGGAAGGUCUAAAAAUAUUGCGACCGUGGUGGUCAUGUCACCGCGUAUCUUUUCGCCUGUCUCGACUCCAAAGAUCCUUUCGCCUGCUAGUUCCCGUCGCGGAAGCGAAGAAUCAACGGCUAGUCGCCGCGCCUCCAGAACAUCUAUCAACAUGGGCAGCUGUCGACGAAGAGAAAGUAUCAUCUACAGGAAUGAGCAAGAGUAUGACUCUGCUACCACCAUUGUUGAAAGAAAGGUUACACCCGAAGAUACCCCUAUGGAUGAAGACUUCCCAUCCACAAAGAACUCGGUCGCUCCCUUAGUCACCAAGGUCCGAGCAUACUCUAUUGCAACAUUGAAGUCGAGGCGAAGGACUACCAGGGCCGCCAUGGCCAUGCAAGAGCAAACACCAAUCAUCGUCGGCGGCCAAAGAAGGCGGUCCAGUAUCGUUGUUGUUCACAACUGUUCGCCUCCACCCUCAGCCACUCGAGAGUUCUCCGAAAUGCCAGAAGAAAGCGAAGAUGAGGACUAA